UUUCACUGUCUCUGUCUCUGUCUCUCUUUCUUUCUUCUUCUUUUCUAUUUCUCUCUCACACGCUACAUUCCAAAUCAUCAUCACGCAUUUAUAUUUCACUUGAAAAAGCGUUUUGAUCUUCCAGGGGACUAUACUUUACUCUUCUUUCUAUUCCCGCUUCAUCUAAAUAUAUAUAUACGGCCUAUUAUAUCCCAAAUACCAUCAGUAACACGAUGCAAAGCAGUCAAGACAGCAAUUACAAGCAUAAUGAGAGCAGAGCCAAUAAUAGUAAUAAUGACAAUAAGGUCAACAGCAGCAGGACUACAUCAACAAACGCAGAUUGCACGGCAGCAGAUGCUUCUAUGUUUACAAACCGACAGAGCGCACGCAGCAGGAGUAGCAGCAGCAGCAGCAUCGACAAUAACAGUGCACGGAAAGCCAACAAUGAAAUCAAUAAUGACGAUGAAGGAUUAUUCAUCAAGUUAGAGCAAGAGAACGCACGAUUGCCACCUCAAGACUCGACCAUGUUUAUCCUUGCCCAAAUCCAACGACAAACCGCACUAUUGGAAAAAGACCCCAAAGCCAUCAGUUUCCAAUCCAACGAACUAAAAGCGCAAUUAUCGACAGUCCACAAGCUCGUAACGGCACAACAACAACAGCAGCAGCAACAACAACAGCAGCAGCAACAACAACAGCAAGAAGAUCUCUCUAUAUGGGAAGCUGUGAUCCAAGAUUUCGAUCGUGUAGCAACCAUGACGCCCCAUUUACUCUCUGUCAAGUUACGGGCCGGUGUUCCGGAUGGCGUACGAGGCUUGGUCUGGCAAGCCAUGUGUAAAUCUGCUUCAUUGCAUUUAGAGACGGUCUAUGGCCAGCUGUGCCGUGAACAAUCGCCUCAUGAAAGAAUGAUCAAGCGCGACUUGGCUCGAACGUUCCCAUGCAUCGACAUGUUUAAACAGGAAGAUGGCGCGGGUCAGCUGGCAAUGCGUCGGGUCCUGGAAGCAUACAGUUUGUACGACACUGAAGUGGGAUACUGUCAGGGCCUUGCCUUUCUCGUCGGUCCGUUGCUGUUAAAGAUGCCUGAAGUACAAGCAUUCUGCGUUUUUGUUCGGCUGAUGGAAACGUACGAAAUGCGACCGAUGUUUACGUUUAAUAUGGCGGGCCUUCAACUCAGAUUGUACCAAUUCAGCAGUCUGCUGAACGAACUCUUACCGAAUCUUGCCAAACAUAUGAACAAGCACGGAGUGCAUGCUGCCAUGUACGCCUCCCAAUGGUUCCUGACACUUUUUGCAUAUGUUUUUCCAAUGUCUCUGGUGCAUCGUAUUUAUGACAUUGUAUUUGCCGAAGGCGCAGCAGAGACGAUCAUGCGGGUCGCGAUUGCCAUGCUACGCCGCUCCCAGGAUAGAAUCCUGCAGGAAACAGAGGAGUUUGAGGAUCUCCUUGACCACGUUACUUCACGCAAACUCAUUGAGCCUUAUGCUGACGAUGACGCUCAAGUCAUUCAUGACGCCACAUCUCUCUCUGCCGUCAUCACUCGCGCCAAAAUGGAUUCCCUCGCCGAUCAAUAUCACAGCACGCAUGGUAUCGUAAGCAGCAGCGAACCAAAGCAUCAUCAACAACAACAACAGCAGCAGCAUCAGCAGCAGAGGUUCUGGAAACGUAAAGCGAAACGAUCACCUAGCAUCUGUAGUCAGCGUAGUAUGGAUUCGACGUCUUCAUCAUUGCGGAGAACACAUAGUGUUGGAGGAGCAUCCGCUGCUGCAGGAGCUGCUGCUACUGCUGCUGCCAUGGUGAAUACGAACAAAUACGUCACUCUAGACCACCACGAACAAGAAAUCCAAAAGCUAUCCUGGACACUAGCUCAAUUGAAUACCAAACACCAACAAACGAUCAACCAGUUGGUAGAGCUCAAGAUGGAUAAGCAGGACGUCGAAAGCGAACGGGAUGCACUGAAAAUAACCAUCUUGGAACUAGAAAAAAGCAAGCAGCAAUCACAGCAGCAGCAGCAGCAGCGACAAAGCUACUAUGCAUUGUCCGUGUCGUCAUCUUCUUGCAACAGUAUUGGAGGCAGCAGUCAAGCCGAUUUCGCGUUUUCAGACAACAAUACACUGUCCCCCUUGUCGUUGGCAUCGUCUGCUGACGAAGAUGCAUCUUCGUGCUCCAACGGAUUGCUUCUUAUGGACGACGAACAAGAGCAGCUCAGGACCGAGGUUGUUCGACUCAAGGUGGAGAACUUUGAGUUGCAGCAACAGUGUGAAAAGAUGACGCAAGAGCACGAAGAUAUACAGGUGCGACUGGAUAUGGUGAGCGAUGGCCAGAUGGCAUUGGUCGAGCGGCUCAUCACCACCAAAGCAGAUAUGGAUGAGCUCAUGAGGGAAAAGAAGCAAAAAGAUAUGGAGUGGCUUGAGGUCACGCGCAACAAUGCAGAGCUCAAGGAGCAGCUUUCUCAAAUCAAGGCCAAAACUUCCAAGCUGAUGCUUGAUCAUACUCAAUUGGUUCGACAAGACCUUGCUACCGCCAUGAACAUCAGUAACGACAGUAAUAAUUAUAGCUACGACAACAAGAGCAUCAUCAGUCACCACGAACAGCACAUACCGCAAACAGAGGGAUCACCAAAGAUUCUUCAACGACGUAGGAGCACAGACGACUUCCGUCGCAUUGAACAAGAAGCAGGAGGCAACAAGGACUUUUUGUCUGACACUUAUCUAGUGAUGCGGAUACGCGAAUUGGAGCGAUCAUUAGCAGAAGCAAAGAUUCGACUUGUCGAGUAUGAGGCCAAUCAGGAUCAACAACAAUACCAAAACGACAACGACGCAAUCCUAGCGCAGCCCUUAUCCACGACUCCAUUUGUUGUUGACAACAAAGUGCGAUCGGCAUCUGUGGAUAUUCGACGAUCCGCAUCAAAGUCAUCCUCCAUCUAUGGUCGUAUGUGGCAUGCCAUUAGUACACCGCGAAGUAGCGUCACUGUAGAUAGAUCAACAAUAUCAUUGUCACCACCACCACCACCACCAUCAUCGUAAUUCUCAUAAUACAUAUAAUACCACUCGCUAUACCACCACAUCCAUCAUACCUCCAACAACAGCUACAAAACACAGUGUAUAUCUCUCUUUCUUUGUGUGUAAUUAAAUUCAUAAUGCGUUUUCUAUUGUUCUCACAUGCUUUUGGAUUUCCGCAAUACUGUUAAUGUAAG